UCUCUUUAUUCUUGUAAAAUGACUGCUUAUUUUCCCAUUUUUGCUGGUUUUUUUUUGUUUUCUAGUUAAAUUAUAUUUUUAGAAUGUGCUGCGGGCCAAUAAAAAAAACAGCUGUGAUCCGUAAAUGGCCCCCGGGCCGCUCUGAAACCCACCACCAGACACUGAAAAAGCCCUUAGGGUCAUUGGCCUGGACUAAAAACAUCCAGAAUUGGAAAUAAGCUCAUUUUAGUCACAGUCGGAGGUUCAAAUGAACAUAUAUUCAUAUAACAUUAUUCAGACUGGCUCAUGAAACAUGAUUAUAUGUAUUUUUAUUUUUUAUCUUAUUUUAUAUCUUGUUCGAUCUCAUUUGCUAUAACCUGUUUUUACUCUUGUGAAGCACCUUGGGCACAAUUGGGAUGUUGUAAGGUGCUAUACAAAUAAACUUUGAUUUGAUUUGAUAUGAUAUACAUCAUUUCUAUCAGCUUGCAUACCUCUUCCAUGUUUAUCAGCAUUUUUCCAUGAGUCAGUGCAAUUUAAUCACACGCAUACAUGCAAAUGCAACAGUCUUUUCUCCGAAUGACGGAUGAUGUUUACGACAGUGUCCACAAACGCUGCUAUGUUGCUAUGUAGACAGCCAGGAAUACUUCGAGUGCUCCAUUAAGGGAACCCUUUGCUAAACCUGGGGUGAUAAAAGCCCUGCACUCGUGACAUAAAUGAGCCAUUCUCCCUCGUUAACAUUUACCAAAAUGUUACUAUCCCUCUAAUGGCCAAGAUUGUCAUCUGCUCUUAAAAAAUGUAAUUAUGCAAGAUGAAUCACCACUUCCUGAGGACCAUGUCCAUAAAAGGGGCUUAUCAGGGCGGCAACAACAGUACUUGAACAACUGGGAUCAACAGCUCCAUGAGAUCCAUUCUUCUGAUGGCGAUGCUGCUGCUGCGUGUGUGCCGUGGAACGCAGGCUCAGGUGCUGGACGACACUAACACACUGCGGCUGUGUGGUCGAGCCUUGCUGCGGGCGGUGGUGUUCACGUGUGGAGGCUCCAGGUGGCGACGACUGAUAGGAGAAGAGGCUUUCCGAGAUGGUAGCGCAGAGCCAAGCGUGGUCAAGACAAGAGAUGAAGCGCCGGUGUUGGGUCGGUAUUGGCGGGACCAAGACCAGGUCUUGAUAGCGGCGUGUUGUCAGAUGGGUUGUCGGAGGAGAGACCUCACCAUGCUCUGCUAGUGGGCCUCAUCGUAUGUGUUGGAAAGUACCGACAGGACACCGUUAAAGCAAUGUGAUGUCAUUUCUCACACCAGCAAAAAUAAAGAAAACACUUUU